AUGCCGGGCCGGCCCCGACAGAGCCAAGCCGCCGGCUCCGCGGACCUGGCGCCCGGCUCGGGGGCUGCCGACGGCGCAGGCCCCGCCCCCGGCGCCCCCCGCGGCCGUCCCCGCCCCCGGAGGCCCGCGCACCUGGCCCGCGCCGAGACUCGGCCGAGAGGCGCCGUCCGGACUCGCUCUUCCUCCUCGGCGCCUGCCGGGCCCCGCCGGAAGCCCCGCUCGCCCCGCCCCACCCGCCGCUCUCGCCGCCGAUUGGGCGCCGUCACGCACAGGUCCGCCGCUGGCCGGGGAGCGACUGGAGAGUGCGGCCGUCCAUCGCCCGCUGCGCCCGCCCCCGCGCCGGCGGCUCUGUUCCGGCGGAAGCGCCGGCCGGCGCGCGGGCCAGAGCGGCCCCUAUUGUUGCUGUGUCAUAGGGGCGCGGCGGCGGCCCCUGGCGGCGGGGCCGGGAACGGCGGGCCUGGCGGCGGACGUUGGGCCCUCGACAGCGCGGGACAGCGGGCCGGGCCGGGCCGGGCGGGGACACCUGAGGGGCGCGAGGCAGGGUCCCUCAGGUUCCCUGUCAGUGCGGGACGCCAGGUCCCGAGACGUAGGGGAAACAGUCACCGGGCGGGGAGGGGCCUCUUAGGAGGCCGGCGCGGGGGAGGGUCGGCUGCGCGUCCCCGAGUGGAGAGAACGCGACCGACCACAGCCCGGGACACGGUGCGUGGGCCGCGGCGCCCGCCGGACGGCAGUGGUGUCCUGGGGACGCCUGCGGCGCACAGCGCGGGGGCUUGGGUAGUGGUCCUGCUAGGGGUCCCCGGACCCCUCCUGAGAACAGUGCCAAGAUGGUCGCCCCCACUCCGUGUGCGUGGAGUUGGCAGAGGCUGGCGUGCGCGCUCAGUGAAGGCAGCUGCCCCCGGAGCCAGAGCAGCCGUCGCAGGCCCGAGGAGGAGCCUCCACCGCCCUCCCUGCGCGGCCACCGACGCUCCGGGCUCGGGAGCCAGGGCGCCCGGGGACCCUCCAAAGGCAAGGCCGUCGGAAUCGUCGGAAUCGCCGGAAUCGCGGUGCCACCUCCCCGCCCGCCUGAUGUGUUACGACCUUUGUAUGCGCAUGUAAAAUCUGAUUUAAGCUUUCUAUAGAAAGUAUAAAAAUGACAAGUGUUUUUUAUUGAACGUUGUUUUAAAGAUUCAUGUCGAUACACGUAGCUUUAGGCCCUUCAUUUUAGCCCCUGUACAAUAUUCUUAUGUAUGAAAAUACAACUUCUGUAUCCAUUGUCUUGUGAUCUAAAGAUUCCCUAAUUUUUUUGUUUCCGAAGAUAUAGCUGUUUUUCAUUUAAAAUGUUAUGUUAAUAAGUAAUAGGUUUGCUAUUUUCUAAUUAGUUAAUAAGUAUUUGUAAUUUCAUUUUAAUUUCUCAUAUGGUAAAUAUGAACAGAUAGAACCCACGUACACAAAAGCUCUAGGGGGUUCUCCGUCACUGCUGAGAGUCCACAGGGCCCCAAGACCAGAGGUGAGGACAGCGGACGUGAGCACUGGCAUCCCCGUGGCGGUGUCACCACAGCCUGGCCGACCACUGCUCUGGGAAACCAGGAGAGAAAACGGAGAGAAAAUCCAAUCUGGCUCCCUGCGGAGGGGCCAGCAGGCAGGUGACACUCGUUCAGUCGUGAAAAGGCCACAAGCUGCCCCCAGACUGCACAGGGAAACCAACUUUCCAGAACCUGAAAGCGGCGCUUGCCUCAGGCAGCAGCCUCACCGGGCCCCACCAAGCGCUUCCUCUCCUGCAGCCAGACAGCCUGUGUCCUGGGAUGGCUCAGAGAAAGCUUUGCACUUUCAAUACUUUCUGUGAAAAACCUACAGUGAGGAAACAAGCUACAGGUGGCCGGGCACCGUGGAGGCCACUCCGCGUGCCCGCCGCAGCUGUGGGCCACGUGGAUGCUGAAUGUGCUGCACGCGCUGCGAGGGGCAGCUGUGGGGGACCUGCCAGCCCUCACUGGCAGAAGUGCACCUGACAGCCACACGCCCCAGCAGGAAAAGCAAGCCCAGCAGCUCUUGCUGAGCCUCGAGGCCUCGGUGAAAGGCAGGGGCGUGCAGCGACUGCAGGGCCCAAGGGCGGGCGCAACAAGAAAGUGGGCGAAGGACGCACCCAGACAUUUCACCAAAGAGGCAUACAGAUGGCAAGACAUACAGGAAAAGAUGGUCCACAUCACUAUUCAUAAGGGAAAUGCAAAUAAAACACUUCGAUUAGAAUGGCAAUGGGCUCCAAUCCCCAAGAGAGAAGAGAGACGGUGAACCAAAGCUCCCCGCUGCUCAGAGAACCCAGACCCCUUCCUCCAUCAAGUGUGCCCAUCCAGUGGCGUCACAGGUGUCCCUGAAUGCCCCUCCUGCUAUGACAAGCAGUUUUCUGAAACAAUCCAUUUGCUGGGUCAAUCCUACACAACACACAGUCCCAACAUCUGACAGCCGGACACGAGGACUCAUCUGGAGCUGAUCUGCAGCCCUUUCCAGAGAGGCCGGAGCAGCUGAGACAGUGAAAAAUUGUUCAGUGCAAAACAAAUGUCAACUACACCCACUUUCAAAGAAUCUUUAUUCAGAGCUAGGGUUUAAUAUUUAUCUUCAGAGAUCUGUACCAGUUCUCCAAAAAAAAUCCAAAAAUGGUUGCUUCUGUUUAUAUAGAUGGGUAUUGACAGUUAUUACAUAUUAUAAAAAUAAACCCACCUCACUAGCGUGUUGUCUGGCCUGAUGGUUUUGUACACUCACAGGAUGAACAGUGUUGAAGACCAGCCAGUGAUGGAGGAAGGAGCCGGGCCUGUGCUGUCACCUUCUGCAGGGACCAAGCACCCCUUCACUAAACAUGUGGCCCAGGACAGCUUGGUUCUCAGAGGCAGAGGAGCAGUGUAUCGAGGGAAGGACUGGCUGCCCAGGGAACUCAUACCAAGAGACACCUGAAAUGCACAACCCUCUGAGCACAUAAACUGAAAGGCAGACGGCAGUGAGGGAAGCCACUUGGCGUGCUGCACGUCUGCAUGUCUCUUUUGUCGGGGAGCCCAAUCUUUGCACCCACUUUGGACACAGGAAAGUCCUCUGGAAGACGUCUGAAAGUCUCAACGUCGAGACAGGAGGAGCCAGGAGUUGUGAGAACUUUCCACUGACUGAACG